GUAUGUCACCGCCCCCGGCGUGAAGUUUUAGGGAGUCCCGAUCAUACAAAGUCAGACCUGAAGGCUUCAAGAAUGUCCUCUGUGCACGUACAAAAGUUUUAGCAUAAGUGUACCAUGGAAAACUCGGGCAGGUCUUACCGGACUAGGCAAGGUGGCUGGGAGAGGGGAUCACCAUCAGAGAAGGCAGAUAGCUGGAGGAACCAGGACCAGGGUAGAGGACAGAGCUUCAGACCACAUGGAGGUCAGCAGGACAAGAAGAACCACGGUGGGCCGUCCUGGGCCAGCCCCAAGAAGGGUGGAAUGGGGCCCUUAGGUUAUUCCCCUGGAGGAUUCCGAGGUGGUCACAGCCCCUUGCAGAUGGAUGAUACCCGGUGGUUUCCAGGUCAUGAGGGCAGCGGUGGCGGUCGAGAAGAUAAUUGGAGAGAGCGCUCGCAGCAGCAGCACUGGAGGAGGAAUACCCAGGGAGAAGGUCCAAAGGAUGAUAAGGAGCAGUGGAGGAGAGACGACUCUGAUGGCGGGGCUAAUAAACCAGGGAGAAGACGGAGAAACCGAAACAAGAGAAACGUUUUUGCUGAAGAGAAUAGGGGCCUUAUGAUUGAAGAGUCCACGCUCUCAGCCAAAGAGCUGCAGAACCUUCGGCAGGCAGAGAGGCGACUGAACAGAGAAGAGAUCUACUCCCUGAAGAAGAAAUCUCACCACAAUCCCGGUGCUCUUUACACCUGCACUCUGUGCGAUAUUCUCCUGGAAUCUGUGUCUGAAGCUUACAGGCAUAUCAGAGACAAGCGGCAUAAGAAGAGGGCCAGGGAGAGGCAGGAGCAGGUGAUGCUGACCGAGAUUCUGCCCCCUGGCCCAGAGCAGAUCAGUGCAGUCAAUGCUGCACUUGAGGCUAUUGUCCAGGAACAUGGGAUGAAUGACGUGGACGUAGAGAAGAGACAGUCUGUUGUCUCUAUCAUGCAAGAGCUCCUUCAGUCCGUCCUGCCUGAGAUCAGGCUCAGGCUAUAUGGAUCAUCUUGCACUAAGUUUGGAUUUAAGGAUUCUGAUGUCAACAUUGACAUUCAGUAUCCACCUCAUAUGCAUCAGCCUGACGUCUUGUUGUUGGUCAAGGACAACCUCUCUAAGUGCCCUCUUUUUGUUGAUCUGGAAGCUGAUUUUCAUGCCAGGGUACCUGUAGUAAUCUGCAACGAAAAAAAGAGUGGCUUAAUCUGCAAAGUAAGUGCAGGGAAUGAAAAUGCGUUCCAGACCACCUCCUAUCUUACUGCUUUAGCCAGUAAGGAGCCUCUCCUCCCUCCACUGGUUCUGAGCCUCAGACACUGGGCCCGGAUUUGUCAGAUUGACCGUGCAGAGGAAGGUGGGCUGCCACCGUACGUCUUCGCCCUCAUGGUUAUCUUCUUUUUACAGCAGCGCAAAGAGUCCCUCUUGCCCACCUAUCUGAACCAAGAGAUUAAAAUGUUUUCACUCAGCAAGCUGGCAGACUUCAAUCUCGUGCAUGUAGAUGAUGGAUAUUUACACUGGGCUUACACCUCUUCGUCCAAAGAAUCAUCACAGCCAGCAGAUGGCUCGGGUAUGAAGGGAAAGAUUCCGCUGGUAUUUCCAAGCCCUCACCCACCUGUGCAAGUCGGGCUUCUCUGGGUUGAAAUGCUUCGCUUCUAUUCACUUGAAUUCAACAUGGCCGACAAUGUCAUCAGUGUACGGACCAGUGUUGUCCUCUCCAGAGAGACCAAAGACUGGCCCAAAAAACGCAUUGCUGUGGAAGAUCCCUUUUCUGUCAAGAGGAAUGUGGCCCGCACAGUCAAUAGCCAGCAAAUGUACGAGUACAUCCUCCACUGCCUCAAAACCACAUAUAAGUACUUUGCACUGCCACUCAACACGCCAGCUGCUAAUCACAGGACAGAUGCGCAGAGGGGACCUACUCAAGGUGCAAAGGCUAAGGAUUUUAAAGAGAAGGACGGAUGCCUGUCAGAUUUCAAGCAGCUCAGUAUUAAGUCACAAAAUGCGAGUCAACCUAAAACUGAAGAAAAUGGUCCUGAAGACUCUGAUUGCAUUAUUGAGGAAGAGGAGGAAGUUGAAGAAGACAGUGACUCAGAUGGGGACAAGGAAAAAGUGGACAUGGGCAAAAGCAGCCUCUCUGAAGAUGAGGAGGAUGAAGAUGUGGAUGUGGACACACAUAUGAGACACCACUUGGACAGCUUGACCACAGAGGAUGAGGACAUUUUCCUAGUGGACGAGAUCUCAGGGGAGGAGCUUUUGUCUGAUGAGGAGGGUCCAGAUUUGGAUACACCUGGUUCAAUGGAUGAGGACGAGGAAGAGGAGGAGGUUCUGGCAGCUGCCAGUCUCUCACCUCCAGAGGAUACAAUUAAAGAUGAGAACCCUGAAAAUAAAAACCAAAAACAGACCAGACGGUCCUAUGAAUUCACCAGGCAAGCGUUUACACGAGGCAAGUCACACAUGGUGGUGUGCAGCUUGUGCAAGCGUGAUGGGCAUCUUAAGAAAGAUUGCCCAGAAGACUUUAAGAAGGUGCAGCUGGAUCCCUUACCACCAAUGACACCUGAGUUUUCCAAUCUCCUGAACAAAGUCUGUGAGCAGUGCUACACGGACUUUGCACCAGAUGAACUGGAAGUGAGUGUAAGAGAGCACAUCCUUAAAGAUCUGGAGAUCUUUGUCAGACGACAGUUUGCUGGUGCUCGGCUACAGCUGUUUGGAUCUUCCAAAAAUGGUUUUGGCUUCAGACAGAGUGACCUGGACAUCUGUAUGGUGCUGGAGGGACAGGAGACCAUGGAUGAUGUUGACUGCAUCAAUAUAAUUGAAAGCCUGGCAAGACUUCUGAAGCGACACCCAGAUCUGAAGAACAUCCUGCCCAUCACUACGGCAAAAGUACCCAUCGUGAAGUUCUUCCAUAUUCGUACCGGCCUGGAGGGAGACAUCAGCCUCUAUAACACGCUGGCCCUGCACAACACACACCUGCUAGCAUCGUAUGCUGCUAUCGACAGAAGAGUGAAGAUCCUCUGUUACGUCAUGAAGGUUUUUGCCAAAAUGUGUGACAUUGGGGAUGCUUCACGUGGGAGCCUCUCCUCUUACGCGUACACCCUCAUGGUACUUUUCUUCCUCCAGCAGAGAGACCCACCAGUUAUCCCUGUGCUGCAAGAGAUUUAUGAUGGAAAGAAGAAGCCUGAGGUGUUAGUGGAUGGCUGGAACGUGUAUUUCUUUGAUGAUUUAAAGUCACUUCCCAGCCGCUGGCCACAUUCCGGGGAGAACACUGAGACGGUGGGGCAGCUGUGGCUCGGCCUGCUCCGCUUCUACACUGAGGACUUUGACUUCAGAGAGCAUGUUGUCUGCAUCCGUCAGCAUGCCCGCCUCACCACUUUCAACAAGCAGUGGACAUCCAAAUACAUCGUCAUUGAAGAUCCGUUCGACCUCAAUCAUAAUCUGGGUGCCGGUCUGUCCAGGAAAAUGACUAACUUCAUCAUGAAGGCUUUCAUUAAUGGCAGAACAGUGUUCGGCACACCAGUUAAAGUCUUUCUUCCUCAGUACCCCAGUCAAAUGGAGUAUUUCUUCGAUCCUGAAGUUCUCACUGAGGGAGAGGUGGCUCCCAACGACCGCUGCUGCCGCAUCUGUGGCAAGAUUGGCCACUUUAUGAAAGACUGUCCCAUGCGUAAGAAGUCCAGGCACAGGCGGGACUCAGAGAAAAAACCAGAGAACAUGCGAGACAGGAUGGAUUCUGGAGAGGAUAAGGACCCGUUCAAACACAAGGGUGAGCACUGGAGGAAAAGAGAUGCACUGGAGAUACGCUGCUGCUACUUGUGUGGAUCAAGCGCCCACAUCAAGAAGGACUGUCAGCUGUAUAGAAGCCCUGCAGGAAAUGUGAAAAUGGAAAGCUUUCCUUCAGCUUCAGGCCACCUGAGGAACUUGAGAGAGAGGGAGAAACAGGGUUCAUCCUUACAAGAAGAGAAAAAGAAGUGGAAGCAACAGAAUGUGAUAUUAAGUCCACAAGCAGUAACCUGCCGAAAUUUGGGUCGCUCUGGUCACAGGAAGAGCCCGGUGGAAUGAGCAGCGUCUGUUUGGAGGCAGUGGCUACACAAACCACGAGGUUCUCCUCUUGUCCAGGCAGAUGGCGACCCGAGCCCAGAAAUCUGAAUGAGACUGUCGGGCCAAUGGAGCCUGUUAAAAGCCAAAGCCAGGACGCCUUGACUUGAAGCCAUAUAGGGCCUUUUAUGUGUGUGUGUGUGUGUGUGUGUGUGCGUGCGUGUGUAUGUGUGAGUGUCUGUGUCCAUGCCCCCUCCCCCACCAACACGCACCUCCUCAGAGGAGCUUUUUAAGGCUGUCAUUUUAAAUUCACAAGCCAUUAUGCAUGCACCUCAUGUCUUUGUUUACUUACACUGCCAGUCAAGUUUAUUUUUAAACUCAUUGCAUUUCAAGCAAUGCUAAUGUCAAUUCAGUGUAAAUUCUAAGUCAUUGAGAAGAGUCUCUCACAUGACUUACAGUAAAAAGCUGAUAGCUUGAUUCCAUUUAGGUGUCUGUUGCAGACAACAUACCAUGUAUUUUCAUUUGAUACUCUGUACCUAUACAUUUUGACACUGUAUAGGUGAAAAUGUCCUUACAGUCAGGUAACACUGCUGCAGCUGUAAGACAAAGACA